ACAUCUUUCGUCCGACUGGAUACGGAUUUCAACGCCAAUGAAUACAACAAAUACUUACUCGAAUCAGUCAAGUCACACGGUAAGAAAACGAGCGCUGAACAGGACGGUUAACAAUCUCACUUAAUUAACUUUUGGCGCUGUAAGUGAGAUUGUCGCAAGUGAACUUGGGAUUCACUUGGAUUCACGUUCUCUCACUUGGGUUGGGAAUAACGUGGCGGACGUUCCACCCGCGCCCUCCGACGUGUGCCUUCUACUGUAGCCGCGAUCCAGCGUCAGACCUAAAAGCCGCGUCACUUGCGUCUCAUUUGCGCUACACUUUGCUUCACUUUUUCACUGUCGGCGACUUUCUCCACUUGCUACCACCUUUUGAUCCUGUUUAAGGUUCUAAUACACACUCUUGCAUGGUCGCCCCAUCGUUCCGUGCACCACUGCCUCGUUCAUGCACUGGUUCGUCGCUUGGAGUUCAGAUUAUUCCCCGAAAUAUGUCUGUUGAGUUAGUGCGUGAGUUAGUGUGUGUGCCGAAACAUGUGCAUAGUGGGCUCAAAGAAGUUCAGAGGAUGAGGUGCCGAAUGUAGGGCCUGAGAGCACACUAAGGGUUCCUAAUACAUGGUAUGUGCCAGUUUGCAGUCACAGAAUGCCUUGCAACGAUGCUGAUAUCAUCUAGUGAUGUAGAAUUACCCUGUACAAUAUAGCCGUUGAGUAUGAAUCUCAAUACGAACCUACUCGCCGCCCCGCACGCUCGUCGUUGAUCGUUCAGUGAUCGAAGUGAUCGGUGAACGUGAUCCAUCAUAGCAGACUUUUUCGCCCGACGCUCGUUCAACGUUAACGUCGAGGCAAUGUUUUUAGUUCGCCGUGCCCUCAACCUGAUAGGUCUUGGACCUUCUUCUCCAACAGCUCCCUCAGGUCAGGAUGCUACUACUGCGCCUCAGGGUGCAUCGCCUGGCGUGAUUCAGGUGCAAAAUCCAGCGGGAGCGAUUCACCCAGCUGUGAGCAACACCAUUGGCCCUAAUAUGCCGAUGGCAUGGCAUAUGGGGUAUAAUCCCUAUGCUAUACCACCCAUGAUUCCCGGUGUCAAAACAGAACCUCAGGAAUCUGCUGCCCCAGGCCUUUCCAGCCAGAUGGCAAACACCGCAGCCCUACCCGUGGUAAAUGCUGCAGGUCUACCUAUGGCAACGAAUGCCGGUGUCGUACCCACGGCCGCCGCUGGUUCCAUCCACAAUCCUGGUUUUCCAUUCUAUCCCUCUGCUGUUACAUAUCCCGGCAUCGCAAAUGCGUUUCUUCUACCACCUGGUUACCCGUCUUAUCCUCCCUUCGCAUUCGCACCUGGAGUUCCAAACCCUUGGCUGCAUUCCGGAAUGUAUCCACCUCCAUGGCCUUCCACUCAACCUGGCGCAGCACCUCAUAUAACUAAUACAAGCAUAGUCAAGGGUGAUCCUCUCGCAAAUGAGACGAAGCAAGCUGUGGGUCUCAAUCAAGAGGUCUCACAGGCGGCUGAAGGUCAGCCUAAUGAGAACGACACAUUUGACUGGCCGCUUGGUUUCAUACAACGUGAGCAGCCCGCAUCGCUAGAUGCUGGAGAUACGAAGUGGAGGUUCACAAAGUGGGUCUGGCGCUCCGGUGGCAUGUGUAAACAUAACGGAUACAACGCCGAGAAGCGAGUCUGCCUUGGUGUUGUUCAAUGCAAUGCAUGUGGUCGCUGCCAACGCCCGAAGACUGAUGUCAAUGCUCGCAAGGUCCAGCUUGCAAAGGGAUGUCCCGGGUCAGGAGAUGGGUGUAAUAGAAUGUCGCUGGUGUGGAUAAAGUGUACAGCGCAGACAUGGCUCUUCAUACGGACAAAUGAGGAUGGUGUACGAAUCAAAGUCUGGGAGCAUGACGGAUCUCACAAUCAUCCUCGUCCACCUGGUGGUGCACUCUCGGUGGAAGAAGAGGCUGCACUUGACAAUCAAGUUGCGUGCAAUCCUAUGGCGUCAACCCAUGCACUGCGUACUGGAACCAUUGCUCCCCGCUCAGUUCCGCUUCACCAAAUAUCACUUGGAUUGGCUAAUCCUCGGGCGGCACGAUAUCAAGUCCAGAAGAGUCAAGCACGUCAAGGUAUCAACCCAUCAUCGGCAAAGGGAGGACUUGCACUGUUGGGAUCACUCGCCGACCUUAAUCAGAAGCUCACGUCUGACUACAAGUUUAUCGUCGAAUCUAGCUUCAGUGGGCCGACAUACUUUGUUCUUCAAACACCGUGGAUGAGGGAGGUUAUAAAAGAGUCUGUCGAGGAUUGGAUCAUCAACUCAACUGCAGGAGCUGAUGCUGGGCGACAUGGCUUUGUCACAGAUGGCGAUCACUCAUUCUUUCAUCAAGGUACACUGCUUGCAACAUGUGCUUUCAGUUCUACAUCAAAUGCGUGGAUCCCAGUACUCUAUUCAUGGAUCAGUGGUAUGGACAUGGACCAUCAUCGGCCUCACUUUCGACAUCUCAAUCAUGGAAUUGUCAAAGCAGCGGGACCUAGGUUUGACAAGAAGUUUCUGCUCAAUGUUUUUGACUUCUCUGGAUCACAGCGAGGAGCACAUGCAGAUGAAUUUGCUAUCACAGUUUCAAGCAUGAUUCCAGGCUGGUAUCUUCUCACACCAGAAGCACAGAAGGCAGAGCAUAAGGCCCUUCUCAAGGAAGCUUUAGACUAUGAAGUGGGCUGUGAGACUCAUUUUUGGCGGUCAGGCACACGACUUCGGCAAAAUCCAGAUCUGGUACCACCUUCAGCUCGCGACCAGUUUGAUAACCUGCGACGUUGUAUGGUCUCUGUGGAGACAACAGAGGAGGUCUUCAAUGAGCUUGUUGUGACCUUUCGUGCAACAUUUCCUCGCAUCAAGACCUGGAUGGAUUGGUGGAUGCGUCCCACAGUUAUGGGAAUGAUAUUUCCUGCCAAGCGAACAAUGAACUCUACUGUGGCCUCAGAGGUUCCCCAUACCUCUAAUCCUAUUGAGACACAGCAUUCUCUUCUUCACCAUGCUUCAGGAAAGGAUCAAGAUCUCAUUCCAGGCAUUCAAAAUAUAUUCCUUCAUAUGCAGGAGCGUGAAAAUCACCAUAGGGCAAUUAAAGAAGGACAUUUUCUAUCUCAAGCACCUCGUUCACACACCACCAACCUGCCUAGAAAAGAGUUUGCUCUCAAUGAUGGUCGUGCACCUGAUACUGCUGAAGCUCUUCACAAAGAAGAGCAGAUCUUCACACCUGCACCAGCUGUCUUGCCUUCACUUGCAAUUUUCAAUGGUAUCUUUCCUCCAUCCCUACAAUCACGCAGUAUGCAAGGAUAUCAGUGGUAUCAAAACUCUUGCUUCAUUGAUGUUGGUUUAGAAGUCUGGUUUCGAUCAUUCAUUCACUGGUCCAAUACCACUCAGGAGGCCUUGCUUGAUGCCUUGCCUACUUCACCAUUAAUCAGCCGCAUCUUCAAUGACUUUCAUCAGCGACUUCUCUGGAUUCAAAAAUUGCGCAGCAAGGGAUCAGAAGAGGCAGAUGGAUUAAGAAUCUUGAGUGGUACACAAGCAUUUGCAAGAAACUCUAUCUACUCUAUUUGGAAGCUCUAUCCAGAGAAUUCUCCUGGUGAUACAGUUGAGUGGAUGACUCAUACUUUAAAAGAUUUGAAUACAAAGGAUAAUAUGGGCAUUUUGCAGAGCUAUUUUGCAAUGCAGCAUCUAGUCAUUCACAAGUGUCCUCAUGGUCAUCAAAGCACUCUUUCCACACCACCAGUCACUGUUUUGCGCUUGCGAAAUGAUGACACUCUUCUGGCAAUAAAGAAUGCAAACAUAGAGCAGCCAACCUUGGAGCACUACUUUGACUGGUUUGUUCCACGACAGUCAACAAGCUUAGGUCGACAACAUGAUGGAGAAGAUCUUCGAACUCUAUUCAAUCUUCAAUGUGGCAAGCCAGAAUGUUCAUCUCAGACCUCUAUUCAUUCUAUUCGCACCUUAUGGCCUCAGACUCUUCAUCUGGUUCCAGAGACAGCAGGCAUGACCAAGUCCAAGUUUUCAGCAAAGACAUCAGUUCAGGCUAUUGUUCAGUUCAAUAUUUUAUCUCAAAACACUGGUGCAGCAGAAGAAGCUCAAGUCACUUAUCGACUAGUUGGACGUCUGCUAUUUCACAGACGAAAUGGUCCCUCAAGCAAUCACUAUACAGCUCAAUUUGUUAUUGGAGAUAGGACUUUCUCCUAUGACAUGGAUUGAGAGAUAUAUCAGUUCACUUGAGAAAGGCUCUGAACAUACAUUCCAGUCAUUACUUGACUUCAAGACUGCUGAGGAGAAUGCUACUGAGAAACAUACUUCACUUGAAGGAGGUGAAGAUAUAUCUGAUCAGCUUAUAGAUUUAGAUCAUGCAAGUGACAAGAGUUGCAAGUCUUGGAAUUCAAGCUCCAGAGACAGCUCUAAAUCUAUUGUGGAGUGUAUACCAGGCUGUCUUCAUGAUGGCAAAGAAAAAUCUGAGGUCAUG